UGUUUUGAAAAUUAUAAACAUGGCCGUGUUUUUUCGCGGAUAGUCGUCGAGAUCAUUUGUCAGUGGGAUAAAUUAAUCAAACAUGCUUGAACAUUUACGUCCGACGAAGUGUUACGAAACUAGCGAACAGUACUGAUUACACGAAGAUUAAUUUUCGCUAGACUGAAGAUAUAUAUUAUAGUAUUCAUCUAAAUGCAGAAAUUAGAUGAGCUGACAAACCUUCAUUAAAUCUGCUUUGUGCUGAAAUGAAGAGAUUUGUCAAGCAAGCAUAUAUAUACGUUGUCGACCGUCGUUUUCUCCUUGUCUUGUAUGUACGUGUUUCUAAAAGGUGUCAUUUACCUCGUCCAAAUGCGUCGAGAUGGUCGAGACGAAGGAAAGCAAAUUAACGAAUUUUGAGAAUUUGCGAGAAUCAAGCGUGAUAAAAAUUUCUAGCUGGGAUCUAAGGAUACAAACGACGAGCGUCAAUAAUAAUCGACGCGCAUUUACAUUAGACGGCCCCGUCUAAAAAAUGUCCGGGAUCCGCUUAAAAUUCAACGGGCGUGUUAGCGAAAGUCCCGCGUUUUCUCGUAAAGUCAUCGACGUUGUCAAACGCAGUCAAACGGCCAUCCUGAACAAACAUAUAUGCAAACAUGAUCGUACCGAGCUGACACGUUAAUCCAUUCCACAUAUUUGCGAGUAUUGCGGAAUAGAAAAGGUCGAGAGGACGCAUCGUUUUUGAACAUCGCUUGAAGUAUCGUCGGAAACGCCCGAGCAUGACCCUCCUUGCUGAAGAAGGAGAGGAAGGGAGGGAUUCACGAAAUGCGCACAGCAUCGUCGAGGUCUUCGUAGCGGGGGUGCCUGCCAAGAAGGCACUGCAGUUCUUCGUGGAACGUCUGCAAGACAACAUCACAGUGAACCUGUCCUGUUAACUCGUUUCCUCGGUGAAGACAUUCAAUCGUCUAAUUUUACGAUCGAUUACGAGGGGAAGAAGAUAAGUAGUACUUUGGCAAGAAAAGAGCACUCAAUUACUCGACUGAUCGUGUCAGUGACUGUAGCGUGAAAAGAAGAAAAAUGAUAGCACUCGCGCUUCUUGCCGCUUUGGUGACAUUGUCCUCCGCUCAAUUCCAACAACCCAAUAAUGUGCGAAUUCUAGAAACGCCAAUUCCAGCACUUUGCGGGCAAAGAACUAUUCAUCAACGAUUCAAUGGGAAAGGCUAUUAUUUCUCGUGGGCCGAUCCGCGGACGGCCGGACAGGAGGUGGAUUGGCUGUCGGCUAGAAACUUCUGCCGGCAUCGUUGUAUGGACCUAGUUUCGCUGGAAACCUCCGCCGAGAACGAAUUCAUCAAGAACCGUAUCGUUCAAGACAAGGUAAAGUACAUCUGGACGUCCGGUCGCCUCUGCGACUUCAAAGGCUGCGAUCGGCCGGAUCUGCAGCCCCUUCACAUCAACGGCUGGUUUUGGACCGCCGAGUUGCAGAAGCUCGCGCCGACCAACGAACGUAGCCAAAACGACUGGUCCGAGAGCGGCGGCAUCGGCAGGCCACAACCUGACAAUCGUGAGGCCAUUCAGGGCGGCGCUCCCGAGAAUUGCCUCGCGGUCCUCAAUCAAUUCUACAACGACGGAGUCAACUGGCACGACGUGGCGUGUCAUCACAAGAAACCGUGGGUCUGCGAGGAGAACGAGUCUCUCCUGAAAUACGUUCGUUUCAACAAUCCCAAUAUCCGUGUGUAACGGAAGAAAAAAAAAUUUUAAGGAAUGACAACUUUAUAUUCGUUCGAGUAGUUGCUUAAGCAUACCUAUAAAGUUUACAAUGUUCAAAAGCGGCACGCCGGUGAAGCGACUGAAUAGUAUAUAGAAUGCCUUAUUUAUUGUAAUAUUUAAUACCUCCAUAUUCUCAUUUACCCGAAAAGCACGAUGAAUAAUCUCAUUGAAAUUUUAUGCAUUUGCUGACUUCAGGAAAUAUCACUAUUUAUAUUUCUAGAUGUAAUCGUAAAUACAUGGAAGAUUAUAUAUUUAAUAGAUAGACUGCA